GCCCCCUUCUCCAAGCAUCCGCCGCCGUCUCGAGGGUUUACUUCUCUCUCUAGGGUUUUAUAUUACUCCUCUUCGCCCUCAAGAAACAAACCCCUCCUCCUUCCGCCCCCCAUUCUCUUCGAGGCUCUCGACUCUUCUUCGAUGGCGAUCGGCUCCGUGCUUCUCUCGAGGAUGGCCAGAUCCAGGUCCAGGUCCAGGUCCUUGGUCUCUGCCGUCACCUCCGCUCUGCCGCAGACUUCUAAUCUUCUGAAGGCAUCACAUGGCACUCCAUUAACGCAAAGAUGGGCUGCUGCUGCAAGAGCAUUCAGCUCAAAGCCUGUAAGUUCAGAUGUUAUCGGGAUUGAUUUGGGCACCACAAACUCGUGUGUCUCUGUCAUGGAGGGAAAGAGUCCAAAGGUGAUUGAAAAUGCAGAAGGUGCAAGGACCACACCCUCUGUUGUUGCCUUCAAUCAGAAGGGUGAACUUUUGGUGGGUACUCCGGCAAAGCGCCAAGCUGUGACAAAUCCAACAAACACUUUAUUUGGCACCAAGCGGUUGAUAGGAAGAAGGUUUGAUGACUCCCAGACACAAAAGGAACUGAAAAUGGUGCCGUACAAAAUCGUCAAGGCACCCAAUGGAGAUGCUUGGGUUGAAAUGAAUGGUCAGCAAUACUCGCCGAGCCAGAUUGGUGCAUUCGUCCUCACUAAGAUGAAGGAAACAGCAGAGGCUUAUCUUGGUAAAUCUGUUUCAAAGGCAGUCAUCACUGUCCCUGCAUACUUUAAUGAUGCACAGCGUCAGGCAACAAAGGAUGCAGGGAGGAUUGCUGGGCUCGAGGUCCUGAGGAUUAUCAACGAGCCCACUGCUGCUGCCCUUUCGUAUGGAAUGAACAACAAGGAGGGCUUGAUUGCCGUCUUUGAUUUGGGUGGUGGUACUUUUGAUGUCUCCGUCCUGGAAAUCUCCAAUGGGGUGUUUGAGGUCAAGGCUACCAACGGGGACACAUUCCUUGGUGGUGAAGACUUUGACAAUGCAUUGCUGGACUAUCUGGUCAGUGAAUUUAAAAGAACCGAUAACAUCGAUUUGUCCAAAGACAGAUUGGCAUUACAAAGGCUAAGAGAAUCAGCUGAGAAAGCAAAAGUGGAGUUGUCAUCAACCACCCAGACGGAGAUAAACCUUCCUUUUAUUACUGCUGAUGCUUCUGGAGCAAAGCACUUCAAUAUCACACUGACACGAUCAAAGUUUGAAUCUCUUGUUAACCAUCUUAUUGAGAGAACCCGCAUCCCGUGCGGCAAUUGUCUGAAAGAUGCAGGCAUCUCGGCAAAAGAAGUCGAUGAAGUACUUUUGGUUGGUGGGAUGUCAAGGGUCCCAAAGGUUCAGCAAAUCGUCAGCCAGAUAUUUGGGAAGACACCUAGCAAGGGUGUGAACCCUGAUGAGGCUGUUGCCAUGGGAGCUGCCAUACAAGGUGGCAUCCUGAGAGGUGAUGUCAAGGAGCUUCUUCUGCUUGAUGUCACCCCGCUCUCCCUUGGUCUCGAGACCCUCGGAGGGAUCUUUACCAGGCUUAUCAACCGAAACACAACCAUUCCAACCAAGAAGAGUCAGCUCUUCUCUACUGCAGCUGAUAACCAAACCCAGGUCGGCAUCCGAGUACUGCAGGGUGAGAGGGAAAUGGCUUCGGAUAAUAAGCUUCUUGGGGAGUUUGAGCUCACUGGAAUUCCUCCUGCACCAAGAGGUAUGCCCCAAAUAGAGGUUACCUUUGACAUCGAUGCAAACGGGAUCGUGAAGGUCUCAGCCAGGGACAAAGCAACAGGCAAGGAACAGGAGAUCACUAUUAGGUCCUCGGGCGGGCUAUCUGAAGAGGAGAUAGAAAAAAUGGUGAAGGAGGCAGAGCUUCAUGCUCAGAAGGACCAGGAGAGAAAGACACUGAUCGAUGUCAAAAAUACAGCAGACACUACGAUUUACAGUAUCGAGAAGAGCCUUGGGGAGUUCCGAGAUAAGAUACCAGCAGAAAUUGCCAGAGAGAUUGAAGAUUCUGUGGCUGAUUUGAGGGCUGCAAUGGGCGAAGACAAUGUGGAGAAAAUAAAGGAGAAGAUGGAUGCUGCAAACAAGGCUGUCUCAAAGAUCGGGCAGCAUAUGCAACAAGGCGGAGGAGGUUCUUCUGGUUCUGGAUCUGCCGGCAGCAGCGGAGACCAAACUCCUGAAGCCGAAUACGAGGACAAGGAAGCUAAGAUGUAGGCUCUUGCUGCAGGUUUUCUGCAAGCAUAUGCUUUGGCUUUUAUUUUGGUAGGUAACGGUGAUACAUUCACUGAAACAAAGAGCUAAGCGAUGAAUGUGUUGUAAUAAGACGAGUCUUUUUAGUAUUGUUUAGCUUAGUAGGUAUUGGUGAUGCAUUCACUGAAAACAAUUGAUGUCACAGAAUUACAUGAGGAAUCGUACUUCAUUUAUUUGGCUUCUCA